UGGCUGAACUGUUCAUGUAGAAUAGCUCUGUGUGUGUAAAAUCUCAUCACUAAUUUUUAAACGGUUUGUGUCUGUGCUUCUUCAUUGCUAGCUACUAAAGUAGACUACAUUUCCAAACAGCUUGUUUGAAGAGAUGGUCGUUAGAUUAUUUUUCAGUCCUGAAAAUUCCAAAUUGGUCUCAUUUCAAAUUGUCAACCCAAAAUUGCAGGGGACAGGGAAGGGGCAUGCGAUUUUUAAAGUCCUAUUUUGGCCAUUAAAAAAAAAAAACCUUUCCGUGAAGCAGCCAAAUGACCCGACCUCCUUUGGUCCCCUGGGAGCUCGCCAUCACGGAGCGUGCAGGGGGCUCCCCAGACCUUCUAACGGGAUGGUCCUGUCGCCCCAGCUCCUACCUGUUAAAUGCCGUCAGCCCCAGCAGGUGUACGGAGCUUGUGCAGCUGAGAUCAGGCGGCUCCAGUGUUUGUUCCCUUUACAGAUACCUUACCCCGAUGCCCUGGGAAGGAAGGAAGGUGCAAAGUCUGUGUCUUAAAUACCAGACAGUUUUUUUAUGUCUCUGCACGAGGGGUCUGAGCCAUGGUCCUCCACCAGCAGCCUGGCCCCAGGCCCUGAGCCGGGCCCCCAGCCCCCCCUGCAAGUCCAGGCACAGGCAAACAACAGCAACAACAAGUCAGGAACCUUCACGGAUGACCUGCACAAGCUGGUGGACCAGUGGGCGGGCAAGACGGCAGGGACCACGCAGCUGAAGCCCUCGCUCAACCAGCUCAAGCAGACCCAGAAGCUGCAAGACAUGGAGGCCAAGGCAGGCCCAGCCCGGACAGCCGGCGAGGCGCGGAUGGUAAACCCGCCACGAGCAGGAGCCCCAGCAACUGGCCUUCUGUGCACUGCAGUCAUUCCUGGAGUCACCCCAGCCCUGCCCAUGCCAGGUUCUGAGAGGGAGAAGCCCGACUGAGCCCCGGGAGGCCGAUCCCAGCCCGACACCAGGCCCCGUGACAGCUGAAGCGGAAGGAGGGACGCUGGGACACGUGGGGGCCUCGGGGCGAGCCCCACUCCUUGUCCCGUCCACGCCGUUUUGUAACCACUUUCUAAGCACUUUUUUUAUUCACAAUUGGAAACACAAAUGUAAUGCAAGAAUAAAAAAUAUUUUG